GACAAUGCUAGGCCACAUGUCAUUAUUUCCUUGGUCCAUCUUCUGACCAUUAAUACAAAUUAACAAAAUUACAAAACAUUAAAUUCAAAAAUCUCAGCAAAUAUAGAGGAUUUACGUUUUAGUGUAUCCGAUUAUGGUUCGACAGAGAGCAUAGAAACAAAAGUUUCCUCCACUUGUUGUUUCAACAAAACAAAAUCCUCCCCUUUCAUAUGUUAGUUACGAGGCGAUGGGAAUCGCAUCCGGCGAACUCGCCGGACCUCAUCUUACAGUUUUUUGGGAAUGAAUUCCACGGCUACGGUGACGAUAUGCCUGAGACAUUGCGGAGGUUGACGGAGUUGCUGGGUUAUGAGAAGGAAGAAGACGGCGCCGGAAUGAAUGCAGCCAAGAAAAUCGCGGCGGAAUUGAAUCGCCGAAAAGAUGAUAUACCGGCUUUCAGACGCUUGCGGUGUCUCGAGCUUGAUCAGUUGAACGAGUUUCUUUUUUCUACGAAGCUCAAUCCCCCGAUCGGUGACCAGGUUCAUCAUGACAUGCAUGCUCCGCUGUCGCAUUACUUCAUUCACACCAGCCUCAAUUCCUACUUCACCGGGAAUGUCUUUGGGAAAUACAGCAUUUUGCCCAUCAUUGAAGCACUUGAACAGGGUGUGAGGGUGGUUGAACUAGAUCUGUGGCCGGAUGGUAGAGGCAGCAUCUGCGUUAGGCCUAGCUGGAACUUUGAGAAGCCUCUGAAAUUGCAAGAGUGUUUGGAUUCUAUUAAAGAACAUGCCUUUACCAAAUGUACAUAUCCCUUGAUAAUUACGUUCAAGGACGGCUUGAAACCGGAACUUCAAUCCAAAGCUACUCAGAUGAUACAACAGACAUUUAAUCAUAUGGUAUAUCACCAUGAUCCUCAUAGUUUGGAGGUUUUUCCUUCGCCACAACAACUGCGAAAUAAGAUACUAAUAUCAAGAAGACCCCCAAAAGAGUUGUUAUAUGCUAAUGAUGAUGAUGGAAAGGUUGGCGUACGGAAUGGGGUUGAGAUAAGACAACACCCGGCAGAUCCAAAUUACCAGAGUUUAGUUUCCUUCCAUGUAGUGGAGCCAAGAGGCAUGCUACAAAACGUAUUAACAGGCAAGGCUAACAAAAUCCAACGACCAGGAUGGUACGAAACAGAUAUUAUAAGCUUCACCCAAAAGAGAUUCUUGCGGACACGUCCACAACGGAAAUUGUUGAUCUAUGCCCCCUAUAAACCCCAAAGAGCGUGGAUGCACGGUGCUCAAUUGAUUGCACUAAGCAGGAAGGAGGAGAAAGAAAAACUUUGGUUGAUGCAAGGGAUGUUUAGAGCAAAUGGAGGGUGCGGUUAUGUCAAGAAGCCGGAUUUCCUUUUGAAUGCUGGUCCUAGUGGAGUUUUCUAUCCAACAGUGAAUCCGGUGGUUGUGAAGAUAUUGAAGGUCAAAAUCUACAUGGGAGAUGGAUGGAUUGUGGACUUCAAGAAGCGCAUAGGUCGACUGUCUAAGCCGGACUUAUACGUUAGGAUUAGUAUUGCCGGUGUACCCCAUGAUGAGAACAUUAUGAAAACAACGGUGAAAAACAACGAAUGGACACCUACAUGGGGAGAAGAAUUCACAUUCCCUUUGACCUAUCCUGACCUUGCUUUGAUUAGUUUUGAAGUUUAUGACUACGAAGUAUCGACUGCAGAUGCAUUUUGUGGUCAGACUUGUCUACCGGUUUCUGAACUAAUAGAAGGAAUUCGUGCUGUUCCGCUCUAUGAUGAAAGAGGUAAGGCGUGCAGCUCGACAAUGCUGCUCACACGUUUUAAGUGGUCUUAGCCUACAAGUUUCUUUCUCAUUACCAAGUGGCUCUUGGUCUAGUGGUGUUUCUUAAAACCUUUCAAAGUUACGCUUUCUAGGACCCCUAGUUCAAGUUCCAUUUGGAAGGGGGAAAGAGUUUAGGCAAGCUUAGAUUGUGAUACGGAAAUAAGGUCUUGGUCCAGAACUAGUUUGCAUUGCCAUUUUACUUUUGGAACGAAAACAAAUUAUUCGCCAUUCAAGUUUCUUUCACUUUUAUUGUUGAAUUUCUUUUACUAUCCUUUCACUUUAAAAACUGUUUUUCAUUCUUCUGCAAAUUCUUCUCGAUAGAUUGGUUCAAAACUUAUGGAUUUUUUUUUUU